AUGUCAUCAUCCGAUCAACAAAAUCAAACAUUAGCGGCACUUGGUCUAAGUGGAAACACUCGAGGCGCUCCAAAGGAACUUGAGGUGUUUGCUUUAAACACCAAUGAUCCAUUCGCCCAUCUUCAAUUCGCGCAAUUGUUACAACGCUCAGGCGCUGAUCCAAUUCUUUGGACUGGCACUGAACUAAAUCGGUCAACUCCGGCUGGAAAUUUCCGUCUAUAUAAAGACGCGAGUAAUGUUUUUGGUAUUUGGGUGCCGAACUCGCAGGCUUUUUACUCCGAUGGCAUCCCACCAAACAUAUCUGCUCCGGAUAUUCUAUCUGAGCAGAUGGUUGGCGGGUCCCAUGCGGAUAGAACCGAGCCAGUUCGACACUACCCGGCAUACGGUCAUAGCUCUGACUAUCGACGUAAUGACAGAGUCUUCACAAACUCGAGUCAUCGAAAAAACAGAGCUACUCCGUAUGAUCGUCCAGCCGGGUAUAAACAAUACCAAUAUUCUAACACUCCAUCAGAGCAAUAUAAUCAUGAAGACGAGUCGACGAGUCGGCGAUCGACAGCCAGGAGUCGUUACACCGUAGAUGCAUCAGCAUCAUUAUCUACUUUAAGGCAAGGGAGGGAGCAGAGCUCUAAAGCCGCUACCUCCCAUCGACCAUCCCAUUUUUCAUCAUCAUAUAAACGUGGACGCCAGACGAGCUCGAUAACAGCAGUCACGCCUAUGCUUAUAGGUCAAAACCCAGCACAUGGUCUGGCUCUAACACCAGAACAACAGCAACGGCGUACGUUGUUGAAUCAAAAACGACCUGAACGUCGUAAACAGGUGAUGAUGGCAGUCAAAUCAAGGGAAGAAGAACAACAGACCCAAACUGGGGAACAGCAACCGGAAGACGAACAACCGGAACAACAGCAAACUGUCUCGUCAUUUACAGACGAAGACGGCAAUGACAAUGAUGCCGUUGAUGGUGAACCGGUGCUUGGAAAAGUACCACCAAUUACUUAG